GUGUGUUGGUGGUGUUGCUUGUUUUGCUUGCAAGUGUGUUAUUGUUUCCUGGUCAGGGGGGAUGGCUGGCGGGGUGUUAUGGUCGAGCUGUCUGCCUACCGAUGUAGCGAUCUGUGGAGUCCUCCUAGGGCCAAGUCGAUCUGGCUAACUGCCAAAGUACUACUUGCCGUUUUACUUGUGACCAUUGCACUAGCAAUACUGCUCAUCCUUUAUUUCGUCGGCGUGUUUAAGCAACACAAGAAUGGAGAUGACGCAACAACGAAAUCGUCAAGCACCGGUGGACAAGCUUCUAGUACUACAACGGGAGCCAACGGGUCGUCCAGUGACACUACAUGGUCGUCCAGUGACAAUCCAGGGUCGCCCAUCGCUACCAAAGGAUCAUCCAGCCAUACUGCAAGUUCCUUCAGUAAAACCACAGGGUCGUCUAGCGACACGACGGAGGAGACCUCCACACCUGCCCCCGACCGCAACCUCCUCAUGUGCACCCUUGGUCGCGCCUUGUUAAGAACUCCGUUUUUCCGCUUACCCGAUGGUCUCUGCAGCAUGGUCGUAUUGCGAGGAUAUCUAGACCCACAUUACGGCAGCACGUUCAGCUCAGCUGGCAGUAGCGUCAUGUAUGAUCAGUGGCUGAAGACUCUGGCGCGGGGUGGUACAUACAACAGAACCCGCUUUGGGCUUGACAUCUUUGAUCCUAGAAUAAAGGACGAUGACGGCAUCCACGAGACUGCUGGCCAGCUGAGCACACCGGCUGGCCGUACCUCUUUCGAGACGUUUUUCAAAAGCGGCUUCGUCGAUUUCGGGAUCCUCGGCGCCAUCGUCUCUCACAACACUCCAGAUCAAUACAUUGAUGACAUCAGCGAUGCGCUUGCUGCCCUCCGUGCUGUACAAGCAGACGCAGCAAACGGAACGGAAACUGGUUACAUAUUCCUGGGAGUUGCACCGCUCUAUGGAGGCAACUAUGGCGACGACAGCGUACUGAUAUCGAAAUUCCACAAUAUGAUACGAAAAGUCACUCCAGACAUAGUGCUGUUCAGGACAACGGCUUAUUACGACCGUUUCCAGCUGAACGACUGCAAGGUGACAGCACCCUCUCUCUGGGAUAAAGCUCCGUUGUCCACUCAACCCACUUUCGUGGACUCUUUAAGGUUCCAAAGUAUGGUGUCUCUUCCAAGGACCACGAAACGCAUGCUUUCAUUCUCCCUCAGCAAACGACUGAACUCCGGAAGCGACACAAGCGACAUUGGCUCCGGUUGCGUCAGCGCAUAUGAUAUACCGCCUUACGAAAUUUUAUGCAAUGGCAGCUACCUUCUUGGAGAGGUGGAACCCGAAGAAGUGGACAAAGAACGAUCGGUGGCAUAUCAGAGACGAAAAGACGGAUCGAAAGUUCUGUAUUACGACACCGCUGAUACCACAAUGCAAAAGAUGUGCAAGGCCACAGCGAAUCAUGGAUUCCGUGGAGGAUGGGUUCUCUUUGACUUGGACUAUGGCGGCGUUAUGAGCUGCACAGGAGUGGAAAAGAGCGAUGGCUUCGCGCUCGUUCACGCAGUGGAGGCCAAUAUGCGCAAGGAAUUUGAAUCAUGUCCAACGGGAUAAAAGUUUUUCUGAACCUCAUAUGCAUUUUUCCUAUAUUAGUAAUCGACGAUUUCAACAAUAUAUUAUAUGUACUCGC